AGCAGCCAAACGCAUUCCAAAACAAGAAUUUAAUCACUGUUCCAAAAAUCAGCAAGCAUAUUUUUCUACGCCGUAUUUGCUCCCGUUGUAUGGUUUUAGUGUUUUCGUCGUGUCAUUUAUCUCUAAACUGUGCUGUUUUCGUGUGGCGGGAGAAAGAAAUAGUGUCCGGAAAUGUGAAGCUUCGCGUUGUAACAACAUUACAGAACUAUUACAAGAAAAACAGCAGCACUGAAAUAAUUUUACAUCCAAGAAAGAAGAACAAGAAACCCGUACAAUAACAAAACCCGCACAAAAAUAAGUCAACCAGCUCCGUUCCGCUUGGGCGGAUGUAAAAAUUUCCUUUGUUUUGGAUGCGGUUACGAAGUCGAAUGUCAAGUACGAAUUUUUUCUUCCUCACAAUCGAAGCAAACGCAGUGUUGCAGUUUUUAACAUAACUUUUUUUUUUUUUUUGGUGCCCAUUUCCCUGCUGGGUAUCAGCUGCAGUUCGUUCAGUUUUUGGUGGCGUGUAGGUGCCCUGUUUUUUUCGGGUGGCAAACGAUUGUGCUUUUGUUAUGCUGUAAUUAAAACUCGAAGCUCGUUAAAAGAUAAGCAUUUCCGCGAAGCGGUUUGCGUGCAGGGCAAGGUUAGGAAGAAGGGCACACACUGCAGUUCGGUAGACUUGUCACCGCUCAUACACAUCAUCGUACACACACACGUACGAGCGAUUUACCAGGAAAAAGGGAAACGUCGUGACAAUACAAAAAGGAAAACGCAACCAAUAUCCUCAGCAGACGUCAAUAUCGAAAUCAAAGACUAUUGCAUGGCAAACACAGUUCACGCGAAACAGCCAACAGGACACGUGUUGGAAAGAGAUUCCUAGCGUCGAGACGUUCACUAUUCGCUUCAAUCUUGGUUAGGGCAGUAUAGCUUUACAGUAGAGUAGGUGCUUGCGAGUAAUUUGAUCCGGAAAGUGUCCCACAUAGAUACCGAAAGUUGUCUACUGUCAACACAGCGCACUGCUAGGGCUUUGGAUCGUCCCUUGUCGGCGGAAGGUUUCACGAGAUAGCAACGAAAACGGUGCGCGUACCCGCAUUCGGUACGACAACAGCGCACGUAUUAAAGUUAAAGCUGUAGCGAAAAAGACAGUAAGCAAAGAUGCCCAUUCUGUUUAGCAUGAUUGCGCGCGGCCAAACCGUGCUGGCCAAGUAUGCGGACUGUCUCGGUAACUUUACCGAGGUGACGGAACAGAUCAUCCCGAACAUACAGCUGCUCGAUCAUAAGCUAACGUACUUGCAUGGUAACUAUCUGAUCCACUACAUCUGCGACAACCGUAUCAUCUAUCUGUGCAUCACGGACGAUAAAUACGACCGUUCGCGUGCGUUUCUGUACCUGGAGGAUAUUAAUGAGCGGUUCAUAUGCACUUACGGACUGUCGGUGGCCACCGCCAUCACGUACGCCAUGAACACGGAGUUUGCCCGUACACUAGCGGCCCAGAUGCACGCCAUGAACGAGAGCCACGAGCAGGAUGAGAUUAGCCGCGUCAAUGGGGAGAUUGGCGAGCUGAAGGACAUCAUGGUGAAGAACAUCGAAAACAUCACCAACCGGGGUGAACGGUUGGAGCUGCUCGUUAACCAAACGGAAAACCUACGCAACAAUUCUGUGACAUUCCGCCAAACAUCGCGCAAUCUGGCCCGCACCAUGUUCUGGCGCAACGUGCGCAUGUACUUUCUCGUUACCGCCAUACUGCUGUUCGUGAUCUACGUGAUCGUGAGCAUGGCCUGCGGUGGACUGCUGUGGCAAAGCUGCAUCAACUCGAACGCACCCAAACAACCACCAGCGGGCGGUUUGUAAAGAGGGGACGUUUUGGGAGGGGAAUUUGAUAGAUUGAUAGUGGAGGUGGCAUACGCCCACCACUUCCUCCAGUUUAGAUGUAGACGCGUUGCUUCAGUUUAGGCAAUGGGAAAAGGGGUGGUAAAGAGUUUGUGUAACAAAAAAAAAAAAAAACGGACGGACAGGCAGGUCAUUCAUUCUGCACACGGGUUAAGUAAAAAGCAAGACACGCUUUAGCGUAUAAGAAUAAUGGUAGAAACACCCUAACGUAUCUAGCAUAUACAAAACAUACAUUUAUUAGUUUGGCGAAUUACAGCGGUUGUUGUUUUUUUUUUAAACGCACUUUGCCAUCCCCCUUUCUAUUCUAUUUCAUCGUAUUGUGAUUGGCAAGAGCUUUUUUUUGUGCGCACGUACAACGGAACGUUUAUUUUUUUAUGUCUCGUUUUUGGUUUGGCAAUUACGAGAUUACACUGUAUCAAUUACGGAAGAGAUCACGAGUGAGAGACAGAGAGAGAGUGAGCAAGAGAGACGAAUAAGUAUGAGUUAUUAUUUUUCACUUUACAUUUCCUUUUUAUGUGAUAUAUUACGAUACGUUUUGUACGUUGCGUUACGCACACACACACACCACGGAGUGGGUUAAGCGUGUGCGUAGGAGAGGGCAGGCGGGUGGAAAAACCGAACGAAGGACUUUUUUUCUUCUCUUUAUUAUCCUUACAUGUGAAGCAAGUGCCGAACAAUCGUGUGAACAAAUCGGCGGGAAAGCGUCUUGUUACGAACAAGCAAACCGAACCCCCAAGUAUUGCAUGGUUAUGCAUAAUAACGUUUGAUUAGCUAGAAAGCGUAUAAACAAACCUGUUAACUGUAUCGAAUGAUGAACAAUAACUUCCCUUUUUUCUUUCAUUUUCUUUUGUCGAUCGUGUAAAUACUCCCUUCGGCGGGAUGUUGCGAAAUGGGAAGUUUCCGUCUUUUUGGUUCUAUUUUGUUAGAUCGUCUUUUUUUUAAAUCUAAAUCUUACGGUGCGGAACGAUAACGAGAAUCCUGAUUUCCGGAUAUAGGAAUACAAUACUAAAAGAAUGAUCUGAGACUUUUAUGCGGUAAAAGAAACGAAUAUAUAUAUACAUAUACUUAUUAACAAAAUAAAGCAGGCAUCGUGGAUUUAAAAGA